AUGCUGCUUUCUGUUUCACCGACCACUGAUACGGAGAAGCUCGAGAGAAUAAUGCACAACGUAGGCAGCAUGAUACUCACCAACGGUGGACAGAUCACACAAACGUUUCUUGGCAUGAGUGGCGUACUGUUGGCUAUAAAAUUUUGCAGCUUUGUCGAGAAGCGAAAGGGAAAAGUGAGCUUCCUUUCCGUUCCAUAUGAGAUCCUCUAUCGUUACGUAAGAUUAACACCGGUGUAUGCGUUCGUGAUAUUGCUGCAUGCCACGUGGCUGCUGAAGCUGCAAACUGGCCCUCUGUGGAGCUGGAUUGCCAAAACGGAGCAAACAUUCUGCCGCCGGAACUGGUGGACGAACCUACUGUACAUCAACAACUACGUACAUGCUGAUGAGCCAUGUGUCCAGCAGGCAUGGUACCUUGGUGCCGAGUUUCAAAUAUUCAUCAUCGCACUGAUCGUGCUGGUUACGAUCGUAAAGAUCCCCCGUGCAAAGGUCCCCAUACUGGGAUUGGUGCUACUUGCAGGCUACGUCAUUCCCGCGCUCUUCAUCUACUACCAAAAGCUAGAGGGAACGUACAUUAUCACCUUAGAGUAA